UUGCCUACGUUUUUAAGUAGUCCUUCUCCUUAGCCAGUUCAAUUAUUACAAAGAGGAGUUAGGCUUGUCAGUAGGUGUCCACUUUUUUCAAUUUUUUUUCUGUCAAGCACGCAGGUAUACCAUCUACGUCUUCAGGCUUGAUUCUCUUGUAUUCUCUGUUGCAAGUUCACAUGUGCAUUUCCAUAUAUUGUAUGUAAGUAUAGCAUGGACUAAACAAAUCUUGCGCUCAAAAGAAGAGGUCAUUAGCCAAAUCAUUCUUGCCAGAGUUUUUCUGUGUUUAACAGCUAGUGGCUGAGUUCCGGAACAUGAACAUCAUCUGACGAAAUUUGUAAGUAUGGUUAAUUAUAUAGUUUUGGUUCUAUUGCUAGCGCACCAUUUUAAUGUGGUACUUUUUGAGAGGUUUUUCUUCCCCUCGAGCCACUGCUCUCUCGUUUCAAUUAGAUUCAUGUUUAACCUCUACGUGGUUUAGAGAACGUACAUUUUAUCUGUAACCUUUUUGAAGAUUUCACGUUUAAUAUUAACAAACUUAAGAGGUCAAGCAUAUAUUUUUCAAACCAUAAGAUGGUCAAGACUCGAGCACAUUUACAUGGUUUACGAAGGAAAGUGCCGAUUUAAAUGCACCCACUCCCAACCGCCUGAGAAUAAGUGCAAUUUCUCCUUAAUUAAAUGAAGUAUUUUUGUUUUGAAAUUGGAAAACUUUUUCUCCAUAUAUAUAUAUAGUUUUCAAUUUCUUUCAAAGUUUAUAAUUUUGUAAUUUAAACUAUGUUAAAUUAUAGAACCAAGACAUUCUGUUGAAAAGGACACGUCCCAUCUAACAGCUAGUUUUGGGCUGCGUUGAAACAUUCCUGCUUCCUUUAUCCAAGUACUAACAUUAGUGUUAUUUACGGUGAAAUAUUUAAUAAGCCAAGAUGGAAAUAGUUACUUCUCUCGGCGCCAUUGUCCCCGAAGUUCUCAAGGAAGAUAAUUAUGAAAGAUGGAGCAUUUUAAUGAAAUACUAUUUAGUGACUCAAGAUCUUUGGAAUGUUGUUCAAUCAAGCAAGAAACCUGCAGGAGGAAAUAAGAGGGAGUUGAUGAAAAAGAAUGCUUUAGCCUUACAUGCCAUUGGGAUUUCUUGUGGAAGAGAAGCAUUUGAUCAAAUAAAGAAUAUAGACUCCGCCAAAGGUGCUUGGGAUGCGUUGGCCGCUAAGCUGAAACCCCCACCAAUUGGCCAACGUGUUACUUCUGAUGUUUCUGAGCCCCACCAAGAAAGGCAAACAGAGGAAUUGGAGGGGCUUGUUUGCUAUGGGCCCAUUUCCGUCGUAAAGCAGUUCUUCUGUGACCAUCCGGAUCAAAAAUCUUCACAAGUGUUAGACUCUGCUCUUAAGCUUGCAAUUACUUGUGGCCGCAAGAAGCUGGCACACUACCUCUAUCUGGAGAUUCUACUUGUUGGUCUUCAACGGGGAGACUCUGACUUCCUCCUCCUCGAGCACUGUAUAACCAAGAGAAUGUUUGAUAUUGCAUUGGAUCUACUCCAUCAUUUUCCAAAUUUGGUAUCUAAACACCCUGCGAAUCACAAUCCAAUCGUUUUAACACUUGCUCAAACUGCUCCUCCAUUCUUAAGUCUAAAUGAGCUUGGAUAUUGGGGACGUUGGAUAUAUAAAUCAAUUGAGGUUGAGGAUGUCGAGGUUGUCUUUGCCACCAACGUUGCCCAUGGCGCAAAGCCAUCUUCCUCCCCAAUUGUGCUCGACAAUCGUGUUGUUAUAGCUGAAGUCCAUCUCUAUGGCGAUGUCGUGUUGUGCUACAUUAGCUAUAAAAACUCGGCAUCUGGGUUCUCCUUGAGAACCUUCUCCAGGGAGAACCCAGAAGAGGUUCUCCAAGGAGAACCCAACGAACCCAGAUCUGAGUUCUUCUUCAACAGAUCAAGGAGGGAAAAGAAGGAAGAAGAGAGGAGGAGAAGGAAAGGAGAAAAAGAAAGGAGGAGGAGGAGGGAACAGAUCUACAGAUGGAGAACUCAAAAGCAGAGAGAGGGAGAAAGGAGAGCAAAGAGUGCAAAAGGGCUGGGCGGGUAGUAACGGAGAGACGGAUUAAGAGGGUGUUUGGUGCAGAUUGUGAAAAGAGCUUUUUGGCUCUAAAAGCACAAGCUGCACCAAACGGGUCAGCUUCUUAAACGUGCUGCAGCUUUCUAGAAGCUCACCUUUUCGCCAUUCCUUUGCAAAGCCUGAAAGCACCAAUUUCUUACUUUCGCAGGAGCUUCUCGCUUCAUGUUUAAUGAAAUUGACAUGGUCUU